AUGAUGAACAGUGCUCUGGUUAGGGGCGCUAGAUGCUAUGUCUGCCGCUAUAACAUCCUUCAGUCGUUUGUCGCUAUCUCGGGCAUUUCAAUUUCUCAGCCGGUCGGUCAUGUUCGUUCGGCCGGGAAACUCUCCUUCAGGAGCUUGUCCACUGUAUCCUAUCUGAGGUCCCAGAACUCCGGUCUUCUCACGCAGGAUGCUGGUGCGGAUGAGAUCGGAGAAAGGAAAGAAGAGCACAAUCCGUCGGCAGCGUCGCAACCGGUGCCCUGGUAUCUGCAGGUGGAAUCGCAGACUCCCAGCCCUCAACCUCUGUCGCAGCGGCAGCAGAUCCCAGAUCUGCCAGAAAAUCCACCGACGAUCCUCGAAGAUUUACUCAAACAUCUCCACGUGGAAAUUGGCCUGGAUGAUAUGACCCUUCUGGACCUGCGGGGGCGAGACCCUCCGCCUGCUCUCGGGGGCAAUGUCAUCAUGAUCAUCGGAACUGCUCGCAGCUUAAAGCACCUGAACGUCUCUGCGGAUCGCUUUUGUCGUUGGCUCAGGUCGACUUACAAGCUGCGUCCGUACGCGGAUGGGCUGCUAGGAAGGAAUGAACUAAAGAUCAAGCUUCGACGGAAAGCCCGUCGGGCUCGGCUCGCAAGCAACACCGGAGCGGCUUUGGAAUCUGAUGACGAUGGCAUCACAACGGGCUGGAUCUGUGUGAAUGUUGGUAUCGUCGAUGAUAAGAAGGAGAAGCGCAGGGAAGAAGCAUUUGAGGGAUUCGGCAAAAUUGCCGGGGGGACGAGGAUUGUCGUGCAGAUGUUCACCGAAGAAAAGAGGGCAGAAGUUAAUCUCGAGCAACUCUGGGGAGAACCACCCAAACCAGAAAUUCAAGAGGAGACUCCGACAAUUGAAAAUACAGCAGCUGAGCAUCUGGGAGAGGUUCGUGAUUCUCCCGACCCGAUCAGGCACCUGUCUUCUGACCGAGGUUUUGGACAUCUUUUCAGGCCACCAGCGAGCAUCGCCCUGAAUCAGCAGAGAGGAUUCGCUACUAGUUGUUCUUUACGAGCUAAUCGGAACGACUCCGCGGAUACAAUACCGUCGACUGCUAACGGCGUUCGUAUACAAGGACAUUCUCGAGUGGAUUUUUCUUCCAUAUUCUACCCUCUUUCAAGAUUGCCACCGGAGAAAGUCAAAGCGGAGCUUGGAAAUGGUCCAGAUGAUCGUGAUUCAACCUUUUUCUUGCAGUUGCUCUAUAGCAAGGUUUCAAAUGCGCAUCCUGCCGAGAUAUCUGAGGCGCGGCUGAAACUCUUAUGCGUGGGCACGUCAGUUCAGCACCCGCUCUACACAAAAGAGCUUCUCUGGGAGGCUUUUGAGGAGCAUACUUGCAGUGGCUAUCCUCUGACUGAUGAGCUGGCUUUUGAGGUUGUGUCUGCGUUGUUGACACCGAGGUCUGUGGACACUCCUGAAGGCACGCGUACAGUUUUUCUACCAGACCCUGACAGAGAACUUGCCUUGCGUGUCCUGGAUUUCUUGUCUCUACGAGGCACAGACGUCCUGAAUAUGAAUGUGUUCAACAAGUUGUACAAAGCGGCGAGCUCCACAAAUGCCCCGUCAACGGACAAGAUGGAAAAUGGUCCUGAACAGGCAGAAGGCGGAAACUCGGACGUUUCCAGGAUAGCGAGGGUGAUGGCAGCAUUGGAGCUGCCUUUUGAUCCCGAGGAGGUGCAUGUCCAUAUGGAGAUGCGGUUCAAGAACAAAGACUUUGAGGGAUUCUGGAGGCUGUGGAAUUCCUUUCCCUUCUACGAAGUACCCCGGAGACGCAGGGACUAUGAGCUCCUCUUCCGGUUGCAUGCUGAGCUUGGAGACCCGGCACGCGCCCGGGAUUGUGUCUCAACAUGGGGGUACAUGAUGGAGCGGGAAGAACCGCCGGUUGAGUUGCAGGGCGAAGUUGUACAGCACCUUAUGUCGUGUAUUCGUCUGUCGGAUCCCUCUAUUGAAGGGAGGAAGGAGCCCAACUCAGAUUCCUACAUUUCGAAGCUCUGGAACCGGUGUAUGAUUGCGCUGGAAAAGGACAAGUAG